CGUUCAAUUAGUUUCACCAAAAUCUUUAAAAUAAAUUAUUACGCUAAUAAGUAAUUAAAAAUGCAAAAUUAAAAAUUUACUCAAAUAAAUUGAAACGUGAUCAUGAAAUAUUUCGGUAAUAAUUGGUUUUCAAUUGAAGUAAAUUGAUUGUUUAAGUGGAAAACUUUUGAAAUCAAGCGAACAAAUAUUCUGUGCCAUUUUUGUCUUCAAGUAGUAUUAGAAAACCUCAAGAGUUUUGUGAACUUUUAGUGGAAGAUACCAUGUUUGAAAACUGUAAAUAAAUAAAUUUUCGAACUCAAGAUGACUAUGAGAAGUUGUAGUGGUUUUUCUGACCUACGCUCUGGAAGCAUAGUCGUCUGCCAUUAUGCAAUGGGGUUGUCUUUUGUGGCUCUAAUAAUCCUGGGGAGUCGCCUUCAUCAGGUGGAUAAAGAAGCCAGCUUCUUACAAGUCAUACUCAACACAUGGUUCAAGGAGAGUGUGUCGAUGCCCAUCAAGACAUCGAGUGCUUCCAGUCAGAGGCAAAAGCCACCGAUGCUUACAGAGCAUGCACAAAGAACCCUUUUGGCAUUCAGAGAAGAUGUUCGAUACAUCAACAGGGAACUGGACGCAGCGAGGAUGACACUCAUAUUGAGUAUUGUGUUUGUUGGCAUAUUUAUUCUCAGUUGGUGGUGGAUGGCUUUUGCGAUCAAACAAGCUCGAUCUGAUGGAGGAGUUUCGUUAAGAACAGUUUUACUACUGGCAGUAUUUGCUGCUGUGGACGUUGCAGCAAGUACUGGAUUUAUUCUCUUGCGAAUUAUUAUGUAUAUUCGUAAAGACCACCUAUUUCCGCAAGAUAUGCGAAAACCUAUUCCUUCAUUAGAAUUCGAUCAACUAGCCGCCUAUGCUGCAUUGCGACUAUUUAGCAUACAGUCAAGUUGUGGAAGCAUCGAUAUCUUAGUCAUAAUUGUUGUUGGUUUUCUCACUGGAUUAAGGAUAUACAGUGUUGUGUGCGUAUUUUCAUACUAUAAAAAAGCCAAAAACGGAAACGUGGAUCUUUAUGAACACAAGCAAGUGACUGGUGAUUCCGAUACUUCAUCCUCAACCAGAAUUGAGAGACUUAAAAUUCUUGAUGAUUUCACGCCAAAGCCUCUAAUGGGAAAAUAUUCGAAAAGAAGUGGAGCUUCUUUCCCCAGUAGAGGAGAUAGAAGUCGUCACGGGUCUGUUACUGGGUCCACCUAUGAUGAAGAUCACAUAGACUUGAAGAUUCAAGCAGCUGAUAUGCCAAUAGAAAUGCAGAGAUAUGCCGUUAUUAGCGCCACACAGGCUAUCAAGCUAUACAGUACAGAGAAGCAUAUAGCAGAGAGUAUAAAACAGGACUUCGACCAAAUGUAUCAUCCUACGUGGCAUUGCAUUGUAGGAAGAAACUGGGGCAGUUGUGUUACCCAUUCAAAACAGUGCUAUAUUCGAUUAGCUUUUAGAGACCUGACUAUAUUGCUAUAUCGGUCAACGUGAUAUAUACUUAAGAGCGUAUAAUAAUCGAAAUAAGUUUCAAGUUAUUUAUUGACUGUAGUAAAUGAAAGAUCCACUUUGUGUUCUGUUUCCUAAUUUAAUUUAUGAAUAAUGAUGUUAUGAAUUGAUGUGUGAUUAUUUAUUGGGUUUGAAACUUGAAAGCUGACCUAGUUCAUUAGUAUGAGCAUUUUAAAUUUAAAAUGCAAAUUGUAUUGUAUGUAACAAAAAAAAAAAACUUAUAAGGUAAAUACUAUAAAAUAAUUCUUACAAUAGUCUUUCAAUUAUG